UUCGGGGCAGUCGCAUAUCUCUUGCACAAUCGUGUAAUGUUAUCGGAAUUCUUGAAAUAAGUUAAUUCCUCAUGAAUGAGGCAUGGUCGGACGUGCUGAUGCAGCGCCGGAGGCACAUGGGACACACGUCGAGGCUCCUGUAGCAUAAACAAACGUGCUCCGAAGUGCAACGUUGCACAUCCAUAGUCAGAACAGUCCGCGUCCGUCUACCAACUGCAUGUGAAGUGCGAAUGGACAAAAAUGUGCUAGUGAUUGUUUUAAUUAUCAAAACAGAUCCACAUAAUGUCUCCAGAAACGGAAACGAAAACAACUCAUUUAGACCCACCGGAGUUCAUGAAGAGUCUUACACAAUGCAGGAAUUGUCAUGUCAUCCACAAGUCCACUGAAGGGACAGAGUGCGACAAUAACAACAAUAACAAUAUAGAAACUAACCAACCUUUCAUAAAUGAGAACCACAACUCGGAUAAACCUUUAAGAAGGGUGCCGGAACUCUUCUGGCUCCGACGAUGGGAGAAACGGAUGGGCUUCGAAACAGAACUCAUCUGGUUGAACAUUAUAUCCAUAUUCGUAUUGCAUAUAAUUGCAGUUGUGUGGUUCACAUACAAUUUAGUGACCGGUCACUUCCCGAAGUGGCAAAGUACAGUUUAUGGGUACUUCGUAGGCAAUGUGGCGGGGUUCGGCGUCACGGCCGGCGUGCACCGGUACUGGUGUCACCGCUCCUACAAAGCCAAGUUGCCACUGCAGUGGAUCCUCAUUAUAUGCUACUCGGUGGCAGGACAGAACCCCAUCCCCGACUGGGUGCGCGACCACCGCGUGCACCACAAGUUCUCGGAGACCUCAGCGGACCCCCACGACGCGCGACGCGGGUUCUUCUUCGCGCACGUCGGCUGGCUCAUGAUGAGGAAGCACCCGGACGUCGUGCGCGAAGGCCGCAAGAUCGACAUGCGUGACAUCACCCAAGACCCGCUCGUGCAGUUUCAUACGAAACACUUCAAGUUGUUCAAGGCAGCGUUCUGCUUCGUGCUGCCGACGCUGGUGCCCGUGUGGGGCUGGUCCGAGAGCUGGGAGUACGCGAUACUCUCGCAGGUGUUCCUGCGGUACCUGAUGAGCCUGAACUUCACGUGGGCAGUGAACAGCUUCGCGCAUCUGUGGGGCAACAAGCCUUAUGACCCGAACAUCACGCCAGUUGAAAACUGGGGCGUGUCUGCCGUGGCCCUGGGCGAGGGCUGGCACAACUACCACCACACGUUUCCGUGGGACUACAAGGCGGCGGAGCUCGCCUACACUUUGAACCUCACCACGCUCCUGCUUGACGGCUUCGCGAAGAUCGGAUGGGCACAUAACCUCAAACAAGCAUCGCCGCAACUUAUAAAGGCGGUGGUCGAGAGAAAACACAAACAUUAAAAACCUAAGUUUGUCAAAUAAGAAUAAAAGGGUUAACAUUGUAGUACCGUCCCUUCCAAAUCAAUGUGAGAAAACGAGACGACACUACCUUGUUGCCACUUUUUAAUUACCUACUAAUCUUUUUUGCCAAGCUGUAUUUACUCGGUGAGAGAACUCGUAUUCGAGUUUCAUUGACUACAUUGCGGAGUUUUAUUGGUGUGCUGAGCUGAAUGUAUGUAACCUCAACAGUCUGCAAUGAAACUGAAAUAAGAAGCGAGUUCGUACGCCAUUUAAAGUUUUUAAUAAUGUCAGGCUGUCUCAUUUAGGACUGGCAAAUGAGAGAGUCGAUUUAGGUUUACCUACCUAUCUUA